AUGAAUCGCUCCACCGCUUAUUCGUAUCACCAGUCUUCUGGCUCAAGAAGCUCGUCAAGCCAUGGCACCAGCAGCGCCUUCAGUCCGAAUGCCAACCCCAAUGAAGAUUGGACCAAGAUCUCAGAUCUUGCCGAACGACGACGCAUCCAGAACCGAAUCGCACAGCGAAACUAUCGGAAAAAGCUGAAGCGCCGCUUGGAGGAUUUGGAGAAGCGCGCUGCCACUGCCUCAGUAUCCCCAGAACGGUCUCUUGAGAAACCAGAAGCACCAAAGUUGGUGCAGUCGACGAAACCCCGUAGCAAAAGCCAACGUACCUCCAAGUCUUCGACCUUGAAUGCACACAGUCGCAACGCCGCCGAGCGAGCCGCCACUUAUGAUAGCUACUCUACCCAAGAAGAGCGUGGGACAAUGUUCUCUCAUCAAUGCACGCGGCAGCUCUCCGCAUCACCGCCACCGGUGUUCUCCUAUCCUUCUUAUCCUCACCUGGAUCCCUACGGACAAUCGACGUACGGGCAAUCGCCCCCGUACCAUUCCCUUUCGGGUGUCUAUCAUGAUGCGCCUAUCCAGGGAGAAUACGGACCACCGAUACCAUCGAUUAUCCCAGUUACAAUGACCACGACAGGACCAACCAAGAGACACCCGGCCUAUGCAGAUGAAGAUAUCAUAAGCCCAUUCAACAUGAGCUAUGCAUCUAUGGCUGGGAUUGACUUGUGCCCGACCCCUCACCACCUCGCAGAGUCUAAUAUCCCGGUACAUACCCUUUCCCGUUCAUUGAAUCGAUCUGUUCGGAGCCUCCAAGCCAACAAGCGCUAA